UGUGCCUCUUGCUUCUUACCGCCACUCUUUCUCAUUGGCUAGUACAAUUCCUGGGGCGGGAUCCCUGAGCUCUAAACUGACUUCGGCUGCCGAGAUGGAGGAAGACGGCCCUAGCUUUAGGAAGGAGCUGGUAAACAAGUUGCUGUACUUACACUUUAAAGAUGACAGAUGCAAAGUCAGUGGAGAUGCUCUGCAGCUCAUGGUGGAAAUGCUGAAGAUCUUUGUCCAAGAAGCUGCAGCUCGUGCAAUAAGACAAGCCCAGGCUGAAGACCAGGAAAAAGUUGACAUUGAACAGUUUGAGAAAGUGUUGCCACAGCUGCUUCUUGAUUUUUAGAAACAGCAGCAUUGGAGAAGAUGGAGAUUAUCGGAUCAAGCUGAGCUACCUGUAAACCUUCUCCAGUCAUCUAUUUGCUUUUGAUCGUUUUAGGACAGGGAAUCAACCUUAUACCAACAUUUUGGCUGUGUCUUAUUUCAAUAAGAAAUUCUAAGUGGCCAGAUUCUGUUUACUUCCUGACAUGACUGAACCAAAUCAAAGAGAAAAUUUCUAUAGCCACUGCCUGCCCGAGAAUUUCUACCCAGUCUAUCCUCAUCAGGAUGAGGGUCCCUUUCUUUCCCUUCUGCCAGGAUUGGAAAAUAAGUAAGUUUAUGUGGUGUCUUCCUUGAAACAGCACAUAGUGGGGGGUGAAGGAGGAGGAAAAAAAGAUAGUUGGAUGAGGUACUGGGAUCAAGGAAAGAACUAAGAGGGGGCAAGCCAGGUCCCGCUGGAACAAAGUGAGGUGCUCUAGUUCCAGAAGACUUGGAUUUCCUGCCCCAGGGGCUACUCAUUUAAAGAUCAAGGUGCUAGUGCAGCCAUCUAUUCUUAGCUCCCUGGAAAACAAAAGCUGUAUGUCCGUUGGACUGAGGAGUCACCAAACCCCUGCCUCAUCUUCAAUGCCAGCCCCAUGACUUCAGCAGAGUACCCCCAGCUAUGGCCCAAGAUGAGCUCCCCAAGACUUCCAUUGAGCACCAAGCUCACAGCCAGGUAUCUGAUCUUUAGUUUAUACACAAACAGAGCUUGGUGCUCGCCUUCUCCCAACAUUCUUGCUGCCAUCUGACAUCAAAGUUAGUUUGUAACCUUUUAACCAUUUGAUAUUCCCCUCAGAAGCUGCUUCCCUGAGCUAUAAAUUUGUUCUCACAAAGCAACAUCAAUAAAUCAAAACUGUCUCCCUC